AUGAUGAGCGCGACGAACGACGAGGAUCCCUUCCUCCAAGUCCAAGCAGACGUCCUCUCCCUCCUCGACACGACCCGACCGCUCUUCCAAUCGUACCUGCGCAUCCGCAGCUCGGCGUCGUCGGCCGCGAACCCGGAGCUCGUCGACGCGCGGCAGGAGCUGGAGCAGGCGCUGACGGACCUGUCGGCGGACCUGCAGGACCUGGUCGACAGCGUGCGCGCCGUCGAGCGCGACCCGUACCGCUUCGGCCUCGAGAUCGACGAGGUGGAGCGCCGCCGCCGGCUGGUCGAGGACGUGGGCAAGGAGGUGGAGCGCAUGCGCGCGGAGCUGGUCAAGACGAUAUCGACUGCCGCCGCUUCUGCUUCUUCUUCCGCGGCGGGCAAGGGCAAGGAUGCGAGCGCGAACCCGGACGUUCUGCCCGAUCCGGAUGGGUUCGAGGAGGAUGACGAUAUGUUGGGGGAUGAUGCGUAUGCGGCGAUGGAGCAGGAGAGGCAGAUGGAGCUCAUGCAGGAGCAGGAUCAGGCGCUCGAUGGCGUGUUUAGGACUGUGGGGAAUUUGAGGAUGCAGGCGGAUGAGAUGGGGAGGGAGUUGGAGGAGCAGGGGGGCAUUCUGGAGGAGGUGGAUACCGUGGCGGAUCGGGUGGGCGGGAAGCUGCAGAACGGGUUGAAGAGGGUGGGGUGGGUCAUUCGGCAGAAUGAGGACAAGUACUCCAGCUGCUGCAUUGCGGUUCUCAUUUUCGUCCUCAUCGUCAUCCUCGUCCUGCUUGUCGUCCUCUGA